UAUAGUCGACUUCAGUAACGUUAUCGCCUUACUGUUGUUAACGUACUCGGUCCAGAAAUUAUAACUUUAAGCGCGAGAAUUAUUUAAACAUUUUUUUAACUUUUUUACGACUAUGUGUACUUAAUGCAAGUUAAUAUAAUGAACCAAAUCGUGUUGUGAUAUUAGCUUUAUUUAAUUUAAUUUGUGUAUUUUUUACGGAUUUCAACCCCCCAGGACAAACAUGAAGCUGCCCUUGCCAAAGAUGCAGAAACUGCCAUACCCAAAGUCGGUAUUCUUCAUUGUCAGCAAUGAGUUCUGCGAGCGUUUCAGUUUUUACGGGAUGCGGACUAUUCUCAGUCUGUAUCUCGUCGACAUCUUGUUAUAUUCGGAAAGUGACGCGACCGUCAUCUUUCACGUUUUUACGAUGAUGGUCUACUUCUUCCCAGUGUUUGGAGCGAUCAUAUCUGACAGUUGGCUGGGAAAGUUUAGGACUAUUUUGUAUGUGUCGUGCAUUUACGCGUUGGGUAACAUCGUGCUGGCGUUAGCCGCAACGCCUCCGCUUAAUUUCCCCAUGCGACCGAUAUCGCUGGUCGGAUUGCUUCUGAUAGCUAUAGGGACUGGUGGAAUCAAGCCGUGUGUAUCCGCUUUUGGUGGCGAUCAAUUCACGUUACCGCAACAAGCAGCACAGCUGGCCACGUUCUUCUCACUCUUCUACUUCUCGAUCAACGCGGGGAGUCUGCUAUCAACGUUCAUUACGCCAAUUCUUCGCGAGGAUGUCAAGUGCUUUGGAAAGGAUAGCUGUUAUUCGCUUGCGUUUGGAAUUCCCGGAGUACUGAUGGUGAUCUCCAUAAUUAUUUUCGGAGUCGGUAGGCCCCUGUACAAAGUUAAAAAACCAGAAGGGAACAUGAUGGUUCAAGUCAGCAAAUGCAUUGGGAAUGCAAUCAGCACAAAACUGAAAACGAAGGGUGUGAGCAAAGCCAGCUGGCUGGACUACGCCGAGGAAGCUUAUGGGUCGAAAUUAGUAACAGACGUAAAACGUUUAAUGAAAGUACUGGUUUUAUUUAUACCUCUUCCUGUCUUUUGGGCGUUAUUUGAUCAGCAAGGAUCAGGUUGGACCUUCAUGGCUCGUCGUAUGAACGGUGACAUAGCCGGAUUCACAAUUCUCCCUGACCAAAUGCAAGUCAUUAACCCUCUACUCAUCCUAGCCUUCAUUCCUCUGUUCCAAUACGUUAUCUAUCCCAUCUUAAACAAAUGCAAGAUAUUGACAACCCCCUUACAACGUCUUGUCGCCGGGGGCUGCUUGGCGGGUAUCUCCUUCAUAAUUUCCGCCGUCAUCUGUCUGUUCCUCGAAAGUACCUUCCCCAUACUCCCGCACGCUACAAACGGGCAACUACGCAUUUACAACGCUCUUCCUUGUGAUAUUACAAUCGCGGCCAAAGAACUUGCAGAAGGCAACAUCGUCAUCCCCCCUGGAAAUAACUACACCAACAUCGAUAUCGAAGUCCUCCAAAGGCGUACGUUUGCCUACACCGCGUCCGGCUGUGGCAGCACAGAGGGGAAGUUCAUCGUAACCGAAAAGCGAUCAACGGCUUACCUAUUCAACCAAACCGAACACCCCGCUUACGAACUGGAAGACAACGUAGACAAAAACAAAAAUGGCAACCCCAAACUUCGUCUCCUCCUAGGCGCACCGAAUCCCGUGGAAAUAAAAAUCGUAAACUCCGACGGAGUUGAGCAAAUGCGCAUCGAUUCCUCCAACUCGAGCAUGUUCGGCUUGCGACCGGACAACUACACAUUUAAAUUUGGGGACAAAUACACGUAUACCGCUGAUCUCAAACUGGGCGGCGUUUACGCCAUGGUUGGCCACCAAAGUGAUAAUGAAUUUAAAAUAUCACUGCACACCGUGACGUCGCCAAAUUCGCUCAGCAUUUUCCUACUCCUGCCACAGUACAUUGUAAUGACAAUGGGCGAAAUCAUGUUUUCAAUCACAGGUCUUGAAUUUGCCUACUCACAGUCACCUACCAGUAUGAAAUCAGUGUUGCAAGCCUGCUGGCUGUUGACCACCGCUUUUGGUAAUCUCAUCGUCGUCAUCAUCGAGUCCGCGGAACCCUUCCACGAUCAAUCUAAGACCUUCUUUUUAUACGCCGGUCUCAUGUUCGCCGACAUGAUCGUCUUUUCGUUAAUGGCAAUGAGAUAUGAGUACGUGAAGAAGGAAGACGUCGACGAUACGCAAUCGGCUAACGACAACAAUAAUGGAAGGAGAGAUUCAGAAAAAUUGAAGGGUAUUAGCAAUGUUGCUUUCACAACAACAGACGAAAAAGGACUGAAUACGUAGAGAGAUCGAUUUGGCAUGCAGUAUUAGCGCAGCUCCGUUGUACAUAAUUGUAUAAUGUGUAAAUAAUUAUCCGGUAUUAUUACGAUUAUUAUAUUAAUAUUAAUAAAUAGAAAAUAAAUUAUUUCCACUGAGUGAA